GUGACUGUGGAGUUCGCGCAUCAUCAGGUGAGGCUGUUGGUCGGUCUCUACUGUUGCCGCCACAUAUUUUGGUGCAGUAAAGUCAAGAUGGCCGCCAGUGUUGCAAGACAUGAGGUACUAGUAAGAGGACGGCCCACAGAAGUGUUGACUCUUGGGCAGUCUAUCAAUGAAAACCCAGAAAACAUUAUCCUCAUCAUUCCUGGCAACCCUGGUCUGGCAUCUUAUUAUAUACGCUUCAUGGAGACCAUCCAUGCCAGCCUGAAGAGCACCCACGCUUUAUGGACUGUCUCCCACGCUGGACACUGCCAUACUUCUCACAUGACCUAUUGUCCAGAUACCAUUCAUGUGUACAACCUCGAGGACCAAAUAGCUCACAAGAUUGCCUUCAUCCAAGACCACAUUCCUAAGGGUGCCAAAGUCACCCUUGUUGGACAUUCCAUUGGCUGCCAAAUCAUACUCAGAAUCCUGAAAUAUUUUGAAUCAAAUUCUGAGGUAGCUGUUGUCAAGAAUUAUCUUCUCUUUCCCACUGUCGAGAGAAUGAAGAUUACUCCCAAUGGCAGACGUAUGUGGCCAAUGUUGUGUUACUUUCGUUGGCUGGUUGUACUGUUGACAGCUUGUCUCUGGCUGUUGCCAGUGAGAGUCAAAGAGAGACUUCUAAAGUUGUAUUUCAGGGGUAGAAAAGUGGCAGACUGCAGCUUCCAGGCCACCAUCCAACUGUUUCACCCCAAAGUGAUGCAGAAUGUAUUGUGGAUGGCUUACAAUGAACUGAUGCAGGUGUGUGAUGUGGACACAGUGACCAUCGACAAGCAUAAAGAUAAUAUAGUACUUUACUACGGUGCGACAGAUGGUUGGUGUCCACAGAUUUACCGGGAUGAUCUUAAAGCAAAAAUUGAAGGAGUAAGUGCCAUCUUGUGUGAGGAUGGCUAUCAACAUGCUUUUGUUUUGGAGUACUCGGAGCCAGUGGGCAGAAAAAUUGUCAAUUGGAUCAAGACGUGAAAUUUUUAAUAUUUUUUGUCUAAAUUAAAUACUGUAUUAGUGUGUGAGUGUGUGUGUGAGCUUAACUGUGUCUGCCAUAUAUUCAUAUUGAAUUUUUAUCUUGAAUGUUUGAUAAUUGUCUUGAUUUUAUAAUUUUGUUUUAAAUCUUUUAUGUAGAGGUAUUUUUUUAUUAUUUAUAAUAUUUACAGAUUAUUUAUGCAUUUUAUAGUGAGGUGUUAUGAGUAGAACGUUCUUGCAGCAUUUACAGUGGGAUGGUACACACAACUACAGCACCAUAUAUACCUGACAUUCCUUCACAUGACCCAGAGAUGAAUUCACUAUUAUCGGAUGCGUAUACGCUCCCUGACACUUGCCUUACCGAACAAGUUUUUAUGAAUGCAUUAUCACAGUGUUCUCAAAAUAUGUUAAUUAUUUGCAAUCAAAGGAAUUCGACACAAUGUUGAGGAUUUUUUGACAGGUAGAUGUUUCGUGUAUAAUGUUGCAAUAUGUGUUUGUUUUGUCAUUGUACUUCAGUUACCAGUAUACAGUAUAUUGUUUUAUAUUACGUUACAUUUUUAAGUUAAUAAAUAUUUGCAGAACGGUUUGUGUAUGUUUGUUGGUGUUGUUUCAGCAGUUAUACAGUACAGUACUUAUUGGGUUAUGGGAUAAGUAAAAUAUUUAUUGGGACAAAUAAAACUGAAUCAGUGUUUGUCCUGCCAGAGAAGUGUUCUAUAAGAUUUAGUGUAGAGUGCUGCUGUAUGUAUAAUGGUACUGCAACAUUCAUAAAUAGGAAGAUAAAUGUAAAAUACUCAUCCAUUGUUCACUGUAGGAUGUUGUGUGUGUAGAAUGUCCCAUCAACAGUUUGACAGCUAACCGUGUACACAUAAUUAUUAUACCAGAAGCGCAGAGAUAUGUUUUAUAGAUUCAACAGAUCACCGCAUGCUGUACAUGUAUCACACUGGGCAGAUCAAGAUGUCAUGGAAGAUAAAAUACAGGGCUUCUGAGUUACAUUGUACAACCACUGGCCCACGUGUUAUAGCACCAACUAAUGUCAGAGAAACCAUUGAAGAACUAGAUGUACAGUUGUGCUCAGGUGAGUCGAGGUCACCUAGUCCACUCAAGAUGACCAUCGAGGCACCUGGCGAGUAGAGGGGAGGAGUAUGGUCAUGGCCGUAGUGUCCACAAGUGUUGUGUCAGUCUUUAAUAUAAAAAGACACCAAGAACAUGAGAUAAAAGAACAACAAAUUAAUGUAGAAGUGAAAGAAAAUAAAUAAGAUAAACAAUUAUACAGUAUACAGUACACACACACACAUGCACAACAUAAUAUUGAACAUGAAAGAACAAAAAUACUUAUUAAUUUUUCCUCGUUUCAUUAAAUAAUAAUAUAUUAGUGUAAAAAAUAAAAUAGAAUAAAAAUUUCCUUUCAUGAAUGCCAUCUAUUGGUUGGAUGCCAAACUUUGUUAAAGUCCUUACUUUCCAUUCUUUGUCUUACACAUAACUUUUACUAACUGCUGCCAGCACUCCUCCUUUGGGAUGGUGGACUAGGUGACCUAGACUUAUAUGUCCAUAAUUGUAUAUUCACAGAGUUUCAACAAGAGUAACACUUAAGUACAUAAUGCAGUGCUUAAAACUACAACUAUGUACAUAGGUUCACAUAUCACUGAUCCAAGACUGUUGUUUGAAAUAUUAAAAUAGCUAAUGGUGUAAUAGAAGUGGACAUAACACUAGAACCAUCAAGACAUGUUAGUUUUUAUUUUAAAGAACAAGAUAUGUUAGAGAAUAUAAGUAGACUCCUUCCCCAGAUAUACAGUACAAGAUGUAGAAACUUUUAAGACAAUAUGGUUAGGAGUCAAAACAAAGCUGGCAAUUUAUCUCAGACAGUGGUGGAGAGCGAGAAGAAAAUUAUAUGAUCCCUUUCCAGUGAGCAGACAGAAUGUUUACUGCCUCCAUGGUCAUUGGUCAGGCUUCCAUGAGUUUUGUAAGUGUUCCCAUAUUGCAAAACUAAUGUGGUAAAUGAACAUUGUUCAUUGUGGACAAAUGGUAGUGAAGGAAACAACUAAGAGAUAGAGCUUUAUUCCUGACGUUUUGUUACAAGACUUUUUCAAAGGAAUCAACACAUAACUAGGAGUACUGUACUGUUAUUUAUACAAAAAAAAAAAAGUUAGGUCCACAGUAGUGGGUGGAG